UUGAAAACAAAAAUAAAAAAUAAAAAAUAAAAAAAAAUAAAAAAAAUAAGCUGAACUAUUUUUAAUUAAGAGUGAAAAAUAAAAAAUAUUUUUUCAAACCAAAAAAGUGCCGUAGUUGUUAUUGAAUUGUUUUAGUAUUGAGAGUGUUAUCCAUAUGUGGAUGCAGCACUGUAAUGGAGAAGUGCCAGAGACAGAUGAGGGCAUCAACUGAAAGGAUGAUGAAUCUCAUGCUUGAAUCACUGGAAACAAGCCCAGAAGAUGUCCAGUGGUUCAAGCCCAAAACGGGCGACACCAAAGCCCAAGUUCUCUUUGCACUGAACUCAUACCCAGUCUGCCCAGAGCCAGCCCGAGCCGUGGGCCUAGGCCCACACACUGACACAUCGUUGCUCACGGUUCUUCACCAAAGCAGCGGUUACAGUGGUCUGCAAAUCCUUAGAGAAGGAAUUGGGUGGAUUCCGGUGCAGCCUAUUCCCGGUGCACUGGUGGUCAACUGCGGUGACUUGAUGCACGUGCUUACCAAUGGCCGAUUCAAAAACGUUCUGCAUCGAGCGGUUGUGAACAAGACACGUCACCGGAUCUCCGUCGCAUACAUCUAUGGCCCACCAAGGGAUGUGAAGAUAUCACCUUUGACUAAGUUGACCAAUCAUGGUCAUCCACCAUACUAUGGCCCAAUCACUUGGAAGGAAUACAUUAGCCUCAAAUCGAAGCAUUGUAACAAUGCACUCGAGUUUAUUAAGAAUGCAACGGAGUAAGACCCGUCAAGUGAAAGUGAAUAAUGGGGCCUUUAUGUUCUCAUUAACAUGAAUUUAGUUGCUUUUAUUCUUACAAAAUUAAUUUUGAAGUUAGAAUAAUUUAUGCUUCUGUAUUUUAUCUUCAAAUAAGUUUAUCAAAAACAGUAUAAAAUUUGUACUCUAGUUAAAUGUUUACUUAAUAAACUUGACUUGGGUUGAGAAUUAAACACGAUUUUUUCCUAACAAAACCAAGCUUGCAUCCGCCAAAAACAUGCUUGGAGUUGUCUCAGGCAGAACCAAACAUGGUAGUAAUUGGCUCAUAUAAAUGUUAAUCAACUUGCAUGAAUUUUUUCUUUCUAUAGUCAACUUUGUAUCUUUUUUUUUCUAACUAAAUAGCAAUGAUAAAUUCAAGUACACUCUUCCGGACCAAAAGUAUAAAUAUGACAAAGAGAGGGGAAUUUGGAGUAUACACAUAUAGGCCAAGUAAACAUUGAUAUUUCCCAAGUAAAAUUUCAUAACGUGUAUAUGUACUGUGAGGUUUACCACUUUCAUGAUAUACGGUUUUCAAUUUCUAAACCAACGUGUAGAGAAAUUUUUCAGAAGGGUCGUAUGACUUGUAUGGGCAAACAGGGACGAGGCCAAAAUCCAAAACAUCCCUUUUACUGUUAAAGAGAACCUAUAUAAGGAAGAAGGAACAAAAAGGACAUAUACAAAGGAAAACACCUAUGUUUGCAGCCAUGGAAUAUCUAUUUACAUUGUCAAUACCACGAGGCAAAGUGCAAGUCACUUCCAUAUCUUGAAAUGCUUGUCAUGACUAGUUGAAGCCAGCAACCCAGUAACAUUUGAAACUGCCAAGGAAGAUACAACCUUGUCAUGCGCAUUAAGAGUCAAUGUCUUGUUCUCACUGAAGUCCCACAGCUGAAGAGUCUGAAAUCCCCAUGAUUCCACAUCAAAAACAAAACUUCCCAAGUCAACAAAAAGGAAGAUAAUGCUGUCGGUGAAAGUCAGAAUAACAUGUUUUAUUCUUUGAUAUAAUAAUUAUACGAUAAAAGAUAACUUACCUCACGGCAACCAAUGACCAGCACAGGAUAGAAAGGGUGGAAAGCACAGGUGUUGAAUUUGUUCUCAGAUGCAUUCAACUCAUGUAACCAUUCCCCUUUGCCACCAGAUCCAACUGUCCAGACUCUAACCAGAUCACCACUAAGAGAAGCCAUAUAUUUUCCAGACAAAUCCCAGCACACAGAUUUGACAGGGUCGUUAUGGCCCUAACAUCAAGCAUCAGAUCAAGGUUGAUAAAUAUUGCAUACUCGAAUACUCAUAACUCCAGUAAAAAGAGGGGCAAAAAAAUGUGACACAGAAAGUGGCAUCCAUGGAUAAAUUCUAUACCACUUUUGAGAAAAAUAACUAAAUCAUGUUCGACUUCCAAUUAUUGGCCAUAUCAAUAUAUGAGAUAGGUAAAAUUCUAUUUCACCAACAACUUGCAUAUUGAAUUCCCUCCAUUUUUCAGACAACGAUAACAACCUAAGCCUUUUACAAAACCGUUUAUACAAUACCAUUAUGUUUUAUCCAAAACCAAUUCUUCAGCAACGCCAUUUAUUUCUAAAUCAUUUUCAAUGGUUUUACCUCAUCUAGAGUCUUGCUUGGUCUAAAUUGCCCCCAACUUACAAUUAUGAAAGAUAUGUGGUCAAAAGCCAAAGAUUAUACGCAAAGCAAGAAAGGGAGAAACCAUGGAAGGAUAUUUUGGUGAUCAUAAAAAUUUUGCAGUUAUCAACUUUGACUUCUCAAAAUUGUUAAGCAUCCACAAAAAUUAAUUGAACUUUAUUAGUACACUGUGCCAUUUCUUCCCUAUGACUUGGGGAAUACUGGUUCUAGUUGCAAAAGCAGCCUCUCCCUUCAGAAAGAUAAGACUGCACGCAUCUC